CUGUGCGUAUAAUGUAUUGACAGGACGGAGGCCGCCGGUACUACUGAGAACGGCAUUUGGUACUGUUGUCGACGCGACAGGGUUGUUGGCGGCGUGUGCAGUUGUUGAAUGAGAAAUAAAACUGUGCGGAAGCGCGUGUUUCGGCGCGGAGACCGGAAAGCGCGGAUAUACAGUCUUCGCCUACGCGUAAACGAAUGAUGGAUGUGUCUGCGGUUUCCAUGUUAUCCGCCCACGUCCCCUUUUUUAGCUGUUUUGCUUUAGUUCUCCCUUACCAUGAUCGACUGCGUGGAAGCCUUUGACGCUGCAGCUGCAGCUGCAGCAGAGAGGACUCUGGAAGCGAAGUUCUGCUUGUCGGACAGCCAGUCCUCGCACUCCUCUGACACUGCAGCAGGUAUCCCACCUGAGUGGAAAAAUUCAUCAGGAGUUCCUUCGAAUGCUCUUACUUCUGCUGCUGCCUUACUUUUCCCGAAAGUUGCAACUGCCUCGUUGCCUUCGCCGCGCUCGCCACCUUCUACGAAUAUUCCUGCUGCUCGCAGCUCACCUGCUGCUGCUACCCAAGCUGCAGGAAGUAAGAGGAUAACACCGCGCUCUUUGCUGGAGACAGCCAAAGAGGCUCCGUGGCAGCAGAAGACCAAGGCCUACAGAGGAGAAGCAGAGGGGAAAGCGGGGGUAUCUGCUGCGUGUGACUUUCUCAGCCACCCGGUGCAUCAUCUCCCAGCAGCAGGAAAACCCGAUGCAGGUGCUUCCACGGCAACUCCCUCUGUUUUUUCUCCUUGCCCUUCGGAAGAAGCGGUUUCUCCUCUGAUGGAGGCUUCCAGCUGCUUUUCUGCCGGCGAAUGCACCUCAGAAGAUACAACUUUUCGGUGGGAUGCUGCCAGCAGCACCACCAGCAGCAGCACACAGAGCACCAGCCGCAACGGGAGCGCGGCAGAGAGAAAAAGCAGCAGCAGAGACCACAGCAGGAGCAAGACAAAAAAAGCGGAGGAUGCGCGUACUGCAGUGGGUUCCUCCGUCGCAGCUGCGUUGGAUUCUCCUGCUACGAUCUCGCAGCAGCUUUGCACGAGCAGCAGAAGGCCACCACGAGGAGCAGACAGUUGUUACUUGGAGAACAGUGCAGCUUUGGCAGCACAGGACUGCUGGCAGCAGCCUCCCCCCUUUAACCAGCAGGCAGCUGUUGCACAGAGGACAGCAUCAGCAGGUGGUGCUGCGAUUUUGCCAGGCGAGGCUCUUGCAGGCUGCAGCAGCGGCAUGCAGUGCUGGUGGGAUGGCCCUGCCCCACUGGAAGGUGGGCGAACAGCUGCCACACUCGACUACUACUUAGGAGACGAGACAUGCACGCCUGCCACAGAUUCCUGUUCUUCCACAGCAGCGUUUGUAUCGGAGCAACAACAGGGGCAGAGACAGGAGAUUGAGGAGGCGCACCAGAGAGAAGAGGGCCAGGGGGAUAUGCUGGACGAGCCGCAGCGCCUGGAGAAGCAACAGAAGACACAAAA